AUGAAAACAUUUGUCUUGAUUGUUCUCUUAGGAGUGGCACUUGGAGUAUAAGUUAAUGAAUAAGCAACAAUUCUGUAAGAAGCUCUAACAAACAAUUUGAAGGCCACAAGUAUGGGCAGAGCAGUUCUUGCUAUGGUGGAAUUGGGUUCACCUAAUUUCAAUCCCUUAUUUGAUGCGUUGGAAGCUUGGGCUUCACUUAUUGAAGUAAAUAUAUUGAUUAAUUUCAGCAAACCAUAGCCGAUGAAAAUUCAUCAUAUGGAGCAUUUGUCUAAUAAGUAGAAACAGAAGAAACAAAUUAUAAAGCUCUUAUUGCUCAAUACGAAAGCGAAUUGGCUGAAUACAAUAUUCAAAUUAGAGAGAUCUUAAAGUCAAGAAUCUCUCUAGAAGAAGACCUAGAAAAGACUAGAAACGAAUUAGGAGCCACUAAACAACAAAAAGCCAACAUUGAGAAUUAAUAAAGAUAAGAUUCAGCUGAUUUCAAAACAAGAACCAGCUAGUUGAGUGCUGCUAUUGUCGUGAUCGAUGAAGCAUUGAAAGUAUUAGACAAAGCAAAAUGUAAAUCAUCUAUUAAUGAUAGAUUCAUCAUUUGUUGAGGAAGAUGCUAAAUAAUUAUCCUCUUUAGUCUCAGGAACACCAGAAUUGCAUACUUUAUUACUUCAAUUAAAUACUGAAGAUUACAAGAGUGCAUAAAACUUAUAAAAGUAUUCAUUCUCACUCACAUUUUUAGAGUCAUCAAUUUAUUACAAAACAUUAGAGAUUAAUUUAACUAAAAUAUUCAGACAUUACAAGCAGGAUUCACAGCAGCCUAACAAUAAGCUUAAGAUUUGUUUGAAUUAUUGAAUGCUAAAAUUGAUUCUUUAGUCAAAGAAGUUAUACCAUAAUUGUAAUAGGAUAUCUAAGGAAAGGAUAGUAAGAAUUUGCUCUAUAUUAAGGUGAAAUUGAUUCAAGAAGAUAAUUAGCUAAUGAAGCCUAAGCAAAUUUGGAUUCUGCAAAAGAAAGUUUGAGAUAAUCAAUUUAAGAGAAAGGAUUAGCAACUAAUAGCCAUAACAUUCUAAUUUCUGAAUAUCACAGCAAUUUAGAUACUGUAGCUGAAUGCAUUAGUGCUCUACAUGGAAGCGGAAUUUAAAGAUAAUGAAAUAGAUACAUAAUAAUAAAUAAUUUUAC